AAAGGUAAAAAAAAAAACCGCGCGGAGCAGCCACGCCCCCUCCGGAUGACGUCAGCGAUCAUAUGACGGCGACGCGGAAGCGAGUGCGCAGGGAAGAUGAGCGUUUCGCUGGAUAUCAGGCUGAAACGAGCGAAUAAAGUGUAUCAUGAGGGGGAGCGGGUGAGCGGAGUGCUGGUGAUCAGCAGUAAAGACGCGCUGCAGCAUCAGGGAGUUUGUCUCGGUAUGGAGGGACUCGUCAACCUGCAGCUCAGCUCCAAAAGCGUCGGCGUCUUCGAGGCCUUCUACAACUCUGUCAAGCCCAUUCAGCUGGUGUCCAGCAACAUGGAGGUGGUGAAACCCGGAAAGAUCCCCGCAGGAAGAACCGAGAUCCCGUUCGAGUUCCCGCUGCAGGCCAAAGGCAACAAAGUCCUGUACGAGACGUACCACGGCGUGUUCGUCAACAUACAGUACACGCUCCGCUGCGACAUGAGACGCCCGCUGCUCGCCAAAGACCUCAGCAAGACCUGCGAGUUCAUGGUGCACUGCCAGCCGCAGAAAUCGAAGCUGCAGCCGAAUCCGGUGGACUUCACCAUCACUCCAGAGACGCUGCAGAACGUCAGAGAGAGGAGCUCGUUACCCAGAUUCCUGAUCAGGGGUCACCUGGACGCCACCAGCUGCGCCGUCACGCGACCUCUGACCGGAGAGCUGCUGGUGGAGAGUUCAGAGGUCGCCAUCAAGAGCAUCGAGCUGCAGCUGGUUCGGGUGGAGACCUGCGGCUGCGCGGAGGGAUACGCCCGAGACGCCACCGAGAUCCAGAACAUCCAGAUCGCCGAAGGAGACGUGUGCCGCGGCCUCUCCAUCCCCAUCUACAUGGUGUUUCCUCGUCUCUUCACCUGCCCCACGCUGGAGACCACCAACUUUAAAGUCGAAUUCGAGGUGAACGUCGUGAUUGUUCUUCAUGACGAUCAUUUGAUAACGGAGAACUUCCCGCUGAAGCUGGUCCGAGUUUGACGAGCGGCAUCUGAAGCUUUGGAUUCGUUCAAGGAAUCGUUUGUUUUUUUUUCUUGUCAUGAAUGAGAGUUGCCUUUUUCACCACAGUACUUUACAUUUAAAGACUCUUUUGACCACGAGUGAAUAUUUACAUGCGUUUCUGUAAUAUAAAAGCAUUUAUUAAACUCAUCUGCUCACAUGUCAGAUAUUAAACUGAUUUCUGUCUGAUUUUACUUGUAGACGAUCAUCUAAUGCAGUGAUUCCCAAACUUUUUUUGUCAGCUGAACCACUUUGAGCUCAAAUAGACUUAACAUUGAUCAUUUAACACCACAUUCACAUGUUCUGUGAUGACGGUUAAUGGUCAAGAAAGCAUUUUGAUUGUCAUUUUUGUCUGUUGUCCUGUCCGUCAUCAUGUGUGAAUGUCUUGAUCCCAGCGAUUACUCAAGUUUUUUUUUUUCCCCCAACAUUAUUUAUUUCAGCUAAUUUAUUGUUUAAGCACUGAUCCCAUUACAAUCUGUUUAUUUUUGGUGUAUGCAUGAACUAAGGGUUCGUACAAAGUGCUUAAAGUACUUGAAUUUGACUUUUAAGGCCUGAAAAACCCUCAAAAAUAGCAAGGUUCCUUAAGAGGUAUUGAAAGUGCUUGAAUUAUUGAAAGACAAUGUAUCUAUAAAGGGUUUCAUUUGUUUCUAGAAUGUGUUUUGACUAAAUGAUGUAGCCUCAGCUCUUUUCAGCACUGCUUUAAAAACAUUACAAUGCUCACGAUCACUUUCUUAAACUCAAUAAUAGACUCAUACAAUCAGACAAACCAGUAGCAGUACUGACAGUGUCGUUGUAAACAGACUGAAGACGAGAAAAGUGAAGGAACAGACAAAGCGAUUCAAUUGAGGGAGUCAUUUACGCUGGAACCGGUCCGAUUGACUCGAACACGUGAUUUUGAUCAUUCAGUUCAAGCGAUUCACUAGCAAAAACCAGAUCAAAAGAGCCUUUUGUUUUCGAAUUUCGACAUCGCUUGUAAUGUUUUUAAAAAACACAUAAGUAAUGAAUGAAACAGAAUUUUUUGAAUCUCCGAAUCAGUUAAACCAUUGCAUCGUAAACGAUUCACCGUUUCAAAGCGGUCCAAUUGGAUCGCGUAUCGUGAAUCAUUUGAUUCAGACCGAAACUGCUCAUGUCGCUGCCAAUAAUGUAGCCACUACUAAAUUGUCCCGAGCAGCAAUUUUGAUCUGCCUUUAUUUGCCCACCAAUGCCAAAAUCAAACCUACACCGUUAUUUUAAAACGUAUGCGAUUUAUUUUAAUGUAUACAACACCUGUUGCUGCCAGAAUAAUGGUUCUUUUUAUUUUUGCCAUUUUGUUUUAUUAGUAUAUUUUUUCUAUUGACCUUUUUUGGAACGUGAAAGACAAGCCCUUGUUUAAUAAGUGAGAUCUCAGUUUAAAGUUAAAAAAAAAAGUAGUGCUUGAAAGUGCCUUUAAAGUCCUGCAAUUUCAUUUGACAGUAUCUGUAGGAAUCCUGAUUUUACUGGUUCUGUCGAUUACACUUCAUUACCAGAGGACGGUUUUCAUGUUAAAACAUUACAGUAAAGGCUGGAAUAAACUACACAAGUUGCGUAGCAAUCAUUCUGACCACAACAAACUCACUGCUGUCACGUGUUCUACAAUCAGCUCAAAAUAUGGAGCACAUGGAUGGAAUCAUCACCAUCCUUUAAUCACAACAGCAUGUUCUAUGAAGUCUGGCAGAUUGACCUCUCCAGACUGUAAAUCAGAGCAAAAACCUGGGUAAAAAUUGUGUAGUGUAUUCCAGCCUUACAUUUAUUAUAAUACAUGAUCAUUAAAUAUAUUAAUGUAUUAUAAUAAAAAUGUUUUAGUUUUAUGA